AUGAGGCCGAACGAUACGUCCCACAGCUUGAGCAGUCCUGUUUCUACAAAUGACAUAGGCUCUGCCAAUGGGUCCCCUGACACCAAGCUUACAGCAUAUUCGCCUGAGGAUAUGCGAUCUACCUGCCUUCGCUCUGACUCCAAUGUUGGUGAUCCAUUGGGCGACAUUGGCAAACGAAAGUUAUACCUGACCUCAUCCUCUGACCCCUUUCUGGUGUCGACGAACACUUCUACCCGUGUUCAACUUUCACCAACAGCAGCAAGCUUCACACCAAUUAGCGCGGCAGACAACGUUCUAUCUAGGAGCAAGGCACCUUCACUGUCUCGAGGCUUUUCCGGCGUUGGCUAUCUAACAGCAAGCUCGGACAUUGAUCCAUGCGAAGCUAGGAAUGGCCCUCUCCAGGCCUCGGACAGAUACCCACUGAAUUAUGGAGUCAUAGGCAAUAGUCAGGCUGAUACGAGGAACCGUCCGAAUAUCAUGGACUACCAGACAUUCGGCAGCGAGAGCCAUAGCCGAGCCCUGGUUAUUGAAAAUGUGCCGAAAAAUCUUACCUAUAUGUCAUUGGCUGGAUUUUUCAAUCGUCGUGAAUUUAGCUCCCUCAGAGGCCCCGUGCUUUCAGAACUCAAUUCCAUGGGCAAGGUCUAUGUCGCAUUCACGGACAGUCGGGAAGCGACCAAGGCAAUAGAAAAGGUCAAAGUCCUGAGGCCUGAAUGGCACAUUUCUACGAUUGCCCCUAAAGAAUAUGUCAAGCAUGUUGAGCCUUCUCUUCUGCCACAGACUUCUAACUACGAGGGUCAGCUGCUUGUCACCGUCUAUUAUGACGGCAGAAACCCCAACCUCAACCAGCACACUAUUGCUCGCUCACUUGAAACCCUCUCUAUGACAUUCGGUGACAUAAGGUCUUUCACAUCCUUGCCAACUGAGCAAGAAAAUAUUGGCGAAUUUCAUAUUGAGUACUUCAACACGCGUGAUGCUGAGAACGUUUUGACCACCCUCAAUGGGACGUCGGUUGAUGAUUGCAUCCUAGACAUCUCUCUUUUCAGGCCAGAUAUAGAAGAGAGAAAGUGCGAGCUGCCAUUUACGGCCGAAACAUCUUCAAGAGAGGAGUUCCCUCCAGCCGAGGAGGCUUCUUUCACAAAGUCCACAUCGUGGACCUCAGUUAGACCGGGCCGUGCUUCCUUCAUGGAAUUAAGCCCUACCGGUCGUUCCACAGUGCCCCCAGGUGAACAUGCUAGUCUCAUAGACUGGAUGUCUAAGGCUGGUGAAAGGAUCUUCCCCUCUCCUCGCCGCGAACUUAGCCGCUAUCCUGAUUUACGCAUGGGCAGCCAAAAUGCAGUCGAUAUAGAGAGAAUACGUCUCGGCUUGGAUGUCCGAACGACGAUAAUGCUCCGCAACAUCCCUAAUAAAAUCGACCAGGCUAUGCUCAAAGCUAUUGUGGAUGAGACAAGCCAUGGAAAAUAUGACUUUAUGUACUUACGGAUAGAUUUCGCAAAUAACUGCAACGUCGGGUACGCCUUUAUAAAUUUCGAAGAUCCGAUUGAUAUCAUUGAUUUUAUCAAUGCAAGAGCGGGACGAACCUGGAAUUGUUUCAACAGUGACAAGGUGGCUGAAGUGUCUUAUGCAACUAUACAAGGAAAAGAUUGCUUGGUGCAAAAGUUCCGUAAUAGUUCCGUCAUGCUGGAACAUCCAUCAUUUCGACCAAAGAUUUUCCAGACCGGCACAGGCCCUCUUGCUGGGACCGAGGAUCGCUUUCCUGGACCAGACAACCCUUCCAAAAUGCGUCGCAGCAUUGAAAAUGCGGAACAUGUUGGACUAUUUGCUCCGCGCGUCGGUCAGCAGUACCGUGACGAGCAGCGCCGUCGCCGUUCUCAAUUCGAUCGUGGAACCACUGCAGCCGAGCGCGAAGUAGUAUAUGUCCGAACAUUCGCACCAAGACGUCCCUACGGUGUCGGUAAUGGUCUCAGGAGUGGCCCCUGUACUUAUCCUGGUAUGAAGAUGUGGCAUGAAUCAGUGCACGAAAGCGGACCCUAA